AUGGCGCAUUCCAGCCCCAGCCACCUCAUCGCGACGCUCUUCUACAAGUCCAACCAGCCCCACUUCUUCCCGCACCCCGACGCUUCACCACGGUCGCCUACCGAUGCGCUCGCACCUGCCUCGCUCGAAGCACUGAGGGAUGGCGCGGCUCCCACAGACAACCUGGACGCAUACCCGCUAGAACCCCCCACGCCCGGUCCCAACCCGCUCGAUCACCUCUACGGCAGCUACAUUAGCCAGUCAUGCCUGACCGACUUCUUUGUGCUGCUGCGCAACAUAAUCCCCGGCAUACAGGAAUCGGCUAUCACAUCCAGGCAACUCUCUGAAGAGAAGCUGGCGAGGGUGGUAGAGGUACGCUUUCCAGCCGCGGGCGCCGACCUGGAAACACUGCGACGCAACGAGCUGGUUAGUCGCUUUGAGCGCGAAUGGAACCUCGAAAUUGUCUGGCAGGCAGAUACCGUGCAUAGGCGGUACAAGCGCCUCGCAGUCUUCGAUAUGGACUCGACACUCAUCCAGCAAGAAGUCAUUGACCUAAUCGCCGCCCUCAUCGGUGUCGAAGACCAGGUCUCUGCUAUUACUGCAGCGGCUAUGAACGGCGAGCUGGACUUUGAGGCAAGUCUGCGGGCAAGGUGCAAGCUGCUCAAGGGAGUGCCGAGCAGUGUGUGGGAGACGCUGAAGCUGUGCAUCACACUGAAUGAGGGCGUCUCGGAGCUCAUUACUGCGCUGAAGCGCUUGGGCUUCAAGACUGCAGUCCUUAGUGGAGGCUUCACGCCGUUGACCGGGUGGAUGGGACAGAAGCUGGGCCUGGACUAUGCAUUCGCAAACCAUCUAGUCGUCUCCGAUGACGGAAAGGAACUCACUGGCGAGUUGACCGGCGAAAUCGUCCACGCGGAGAAGAAGCGCCAGCACGUCCUAGAGAUUGCUGAGAAAGAGGGCAUACUGCUGGAUCAGGUUGUCUGUAUCGGGGACGGCGCCAAUGAUCUCCCUAUGAUGGGUGUCGCGGGCUUGGGUGUCGCGUUCCACGCGAAGCCCAAGGUGCAAAUGCAGGCUCCAGCACGGCUCAACUCGAAGAGCAUGCUGGAUGUUCUGUACCUCUUUGGCAUAUCGAAGGAAGAGCAGGAGAUCCUGUUGGAUAACACGCAGCUAGCUUAA